AGGACCUUGGGCCCAGAACAAUCAGGAGCAUUGGCGGGAGAGAAAUAGUUUUCCAAGAAACAAUCGUCCCAGGGAUGACUAUAAACAAGGUAACUGGAAUAACAAUAAAACCAACUACCAAAAUACCAAUGCACCCUACGUCCCACCUCAUAAUCGCCAACCUCCGCAAGAAGAUUCCUUGGCAAGGAUGGAGAAGAUGAUGAUGGAGUACAUGCAGAAGAUGAACAAUCUAGCAGAUGAUAUGAAGGAACGUGACAAGACACGAGAUAGUCAACUCCAACAAGUGUUUAAACAACUUGGAGUUAGAGAACAGGGGAACCUCCCAACUACCACUGAACCAAACCCACGGGAGCAACUUCGGGCAAUAACUUUGAGAAGUGGUAAAGAGCUUCAAGACCCAGAAGUCGAAGUCAAUAUAGAUGAAAUGCCUCACAGACUAGCAUACCCGACUGCCACGCGUGCCGAUGAUCACCUGGUGGGUUCUGGACCCAUCCAGCGCUUUGAGAUGUGGGGUCGUCACCGCUCAUUGACGGAAUCUAUGUACUUAUCCUCGGCAGUUCUCACCGAAUAUGGAUACGCUGAAGAGAUGGAGCAGCUGCUACAAGGGACUAGGUGGCAUCGCCUCUUCAUGAUGCGGGCCGAGUCUAGCCUGCCACUGACGAUCGAGUUCCUGUGCUCUCUAGAGUUGGAGCCAUCUACAGGGUCGAGGUCGAUGAACUUCCAGUCCAUCGACUCUCGUACAACCCUCACUUUCACUCUCUUGGGGCGAGAAUUUCAGCUGACGGUCGUCGAUCUGGCUACACACUUGGGUCUCUACAGUUGGGAGGAAACAUCGGCAACGGAGUUUGAUACCGCACCAUACCUUCUCCCCACAGACAUUGAUCCAGCUGACUUCUGGGUGGAACACUCUUCCGAUCCAGACCGUUUCGAGGGCAUGGGCCGAGCCAGGUUUUGGAUUCAGCCGACUUGGCGAAUCCUAUCCUUCGUGCUUUCGACAUCUUUCUUUGGGAGGCCGUUGAACACAGACCGGGUGAAUGUGGCUGUCUUUGUAGCCCGAUUCCUCUACAGUCAGUCCAUGGGGAAUCGGACGCAAAUUGUCUACGGUUUUGUGGUCACCAUACUCUUCCGAUCCCUCGAAGGGUCGGCACCUAUUCCACGGGCUCAGAUGAUGAUGCGAGAUUUGGAUGCCGGCAUGCUGAGGAACGCCCACAUCCGUCAAAGGUUGGGAGCUGGUUCUACCGAGAGCAACGCCGCCUCCUCAUCUGCGCCCUCGACCUCAGGAGCAUCCUCGCAGGUCUCAUCUAGGAGAGCCACUCGCCGCCGACCCACUCCUCAGGCCACCCCAGCUACGACCCAGGCAGAUCCGACCCCUGAAUGGGCCAGGAGGAUCCUGAAGCAGCAGGAUACCAUCCUGCAGAGGAUGUCCGAAAUCGGACAGCAGCAGGCAUCCCAGGCGGAGAACUUUGCUCAGCUUCGGAGGACAUUUACUAGCUUUUACACGGAUGUGCACAUCGGGCUCACCCCACGUUCUCCUGAGGGCGACGAUCCAUCCGCCUCAGUUCCUCCCCCUUCGUGAUCUUCAUAUUAUUUUCUAUUGAGAACUUUUAUUUCUUUUCGUUUAUGAGCAGGAAUUGAUGAUCAACUGGACUUGUUGGAACUUCUUAUUUUCCGCCGGUAACAUUAACUUAUGCACUUGCUCUAUUCCUAUUUCAAUCAACUUCUUUUGACUUA